AUGGGCAAUCGGAACCCGCCCGAAUCACACAUCUGUCUUUCAUAUCGAUCAGAACCAGAACCAGAACCGCCGCCGCCGCCGCCGCCGCCGUUCUCCUCCGCCACCGAAUGUUCCAUUCUCUCUGCUCUCUCCUCCACCCCCAGAAGCUCCACUUCAAACAGGUGUUCGCAUCUAUGGGAAAAGAAGGGUGAGACUUCUUCGGCUAAUCCUUCUCUCAAACACUUUCUAUUCAAGCUUUCUGCUAUAUCCCCAGAAACCACCCGUAAAUUUUGGCGAGUCUCGGAGUUGAAACCCGAAGAUGUCCUCGAAAUAUUACUGGGUUUUGAAUUUGAGUGUCAGAAAUUUGAAAUUGAAGCUCAAAAGGUUAAAUCUUUGUGGGGGGUCUUUAAUUGGGCUAUUCACCAAGUUAGGGAUUUCAAGCAUCUUCCUCGGUCCUACGAGGUUAUGGCCACGAUGCUUGUCCGAGUGGGCUUGUUUAGGGAGUUUGAAUUCUUGCUUUCCACAAUGGAUAGUAAAGGAAUUCCUUUGGAUAGUAAUGAAAUUUUUAGUAAUUUAAUUGAAGGGUAUGUAGGAGCUGGUGAACCAAAUAGUGCUAUUUCGAUCUAUGAUCGAAUGAGGGGGCAAGGUUUAGUCCCAUCUCUGUCGUCUUAUUGUGUUAUUCUUGACUUUCUGGUUGGAAAGAAAGAAACCCAAUUGGCUUUUCGAGUUUAUGUUAAUAUGGUGGAGAUGGGGUUGGGAUUGAGUGGAGCAGGAACUGCUAUUUUUGAGAAUGUCAUUAAACUACUAUGCAGGGAUGGAAAAGUUCAGGAAGCCAUAAAUCUUGUUAGGAAAAUUCACACUCAUGGAAUGGAACCUAGUAAUAUAGUGCUUGAUGCUAUUGCUAGUGGGUACUGUGAGAAGAAGGAUUAUGAUGAUCUGCUGAAGUUUUUUGUGGAAACGGAGUGUGUGCCUGAUGUUGUAGUUGGCAACAAGGUGAUUUUUUCGUUGUGUAGAGAUUUUGGUAUGGAAAGAGCAAACUUGUUUCUGCAAGAAUUGGAGAAAGCAGGUUUUGGUCCUGAUGAAAAAACCUUUGGAAUUUUAAUUGGUUGGAGUUGCCGUGAAGGUAAAUUGAAGAAUGCAUUUGUUCAUCUGUCAGAAAUAUUGUCGAGAUCCCUCAAGCCGGAUGUGUGUUCCUAUAAUACUCUUAUUAGUGGUGUGUUCAAGGAGGGUAUGUGGAAACAUGCCCGAGAGAUUGUAUAUGAAAUGCAUGAUAGAGGAAUAACACCCAAUUUGUCAACUUUCAGAGUGCUUUUAGCAGGAUAUUGUGAAGCUAGACAGUUUGAUGAAGUGAAAGUGGUGGUUGGCGAGAUGGCUGAGCGAGGUUUGAUUCGACUCACUUCUCUUGAGGAUCCCUUAUCGAAAGCAUUUAUGUUGUUGGGGCUUGACCCAUUGACUGUAAAGGUGAUUAGGGACAAUGAUGUGGGGUUUUCCAAAACAGAGUUUUUCGAUAAUCUUGGCAAUGGACUUUAUUUAGAAACAGACCUAAUUGAAUAUGAGAAAACUAUGAUGAAGGUUCUUGAAGAUUCCUUGAUUCCUGACUUUAAUCCCCUUAUACUGGAGGAUUGUGAUCAAGGAAAUUUUAGAAGUGCACUUGUGAAGGUUGAAGAAAUGGUUCUGUGGGGCCAAGAAUUGUCUUUGAAUGCAUUCUCAAUAUUAGUGAAAGCGCUUUGUGCAUCCAGUUACAGUAUAGGGACAAUUGUCAGUCUCUUAGAGAAGAUGCCAAAGUUGACUGGUCAGCUUGAUCAAGAAACUCUCAAUCUGCUUGUCCAAGCACUCAGUGAAAAGGGAUUCACACACAAUGCUAGGAUAAUUUUUGAUGGCAUGAUCCAAAGGCAUUCAAAAAUCAAGAUGGAGACACAUACUGCUUUAAUAACUGGUUUACUCAGGAAAAGAAACCUGACGGGGCUCCUCAAUUGCUGGGAAGUUGCACGUCUAGAUAAAUGGUCACCCAAGCUAAAGGAUUGUAAAGCUCUUUGGGGUUUUCUAUGCCAGAAAGGACUUCCCAAGGAAGUACUUGAGCUCUUUGAAAGCAUGUUGGUGGCAUUUCCUCACACAAGAUUGCAUACUUGUCAUGAUGUCCUUGAAAAGCUAUGCAGUACAGGGUUUACAAGCACUGCACAUGCUUUGGUGGAGGAGCUUCAAAAGCAGGGCUUUGUCUUGGAUCACAUUGCCUAUAGCCAUCUUAUAAAAGGUUUCUGUAAGGAGAAAAUGAUUUCAAAAGCUUUCAUUGUGCUUGAUUUUAUGCUAGCAAAGAACUUGGUUCCCUGUUUGGAUACCACCAUUCUUUCAAUUCAUCAGCUGUGUUUGGCUAGUAAAUUUGAGAAAGCUGUUGCUUUGAAGGAGAUUGCUUUGAGAAAACAUUCUUCCAAUUCAAUUUCUGUCCAUUGUGCUUUGAUGAAAGGGUUUUGUAAGUUGGGGAUGGUUGGGGAGGCAGUUGAUAUCCUUCAGAAUAUGAUAUUGAGGGGCCUACUUCCAGGUAAUGAAACUUGCAACGUGCUUAUUCAGGGGUAUUGUCAAACUAAUACCUUGAGGGAAGUCAAGGAGCUACUUAGUAUCAUGAUAAGGAAUAAUUUAAAAGUUUCAAUCUCUAGUUACCGUAAUUUGGUUUGCCUUAUGUGCAUGAUGGGUAGAGUCUCUUCUGCACUAAGUGUGAAAGAGCUUUUGCUUAAAGAAAGAAAUCCUCCCCAUCUCAUCAUUUAUAACAUUUUGAUUUUCUAUCUCUUCCGAACUAGAAACAGUUUGUUUGUGGAUGCACUUCUAGAUGAACUUCAGCAGAAGGGUUUGCAAGUUGAUGGAGUCACUUAUGAUUUUCUCGUGUAUGGAUAUUCUCAGUGCCAGGAGGUGUCACGUUCCCUGCAUUAUCUCACUACUAUGAUGUCUAUGGAACAUAAGCCAAGUAAUCGCAGUAUGAGAAUCAUAAUAAGCUGCCUCUGUGGUGAUGGGGAGCUUGGAAAAGCAAUGGAGUUGAGCCAAGAAAUGGAAUCAAGAGGUUGGAUUCAUGGUUCAAUCAUUCAAAAUGCCAUUGUUGAAGGCCUUCUUGCUCAAGGUAAACUUCAGGAAGCAAUGAGAUUUUUGGACGGGAUGGUACAAAAAGGUCUAAUUCCUAACAGCAUCAAUUAUGACAACCUAAUUAAGUUGUUUUGUUGGUACGGAAGAGUAGACAAAGCAUUUGAUCUUUUUAAUCUAAUGUUGAAGAAAGCAAACAUCCCAAGUUCUUCUAGUUAUGAUUAUCUAAUCCAAGAUUCGUGUACAUGUGAUAAAUUGGACCAAGCACUAGAUUUGUUGACUGAGAUGUUGGAUAGAAACAUGAAGCCAAGCAUCAAGGCAUGGAGCGUGCUUAUCCACAACGCCUGCCAAGAUGGACGAAUUACAGAAGCAGAAAGACUAUUGAAUGUUAUGGUUCAGAUAGGUGACAUGCCAACCAGAGAGAUGUAUUGCUCUGUGAUUAAUAGGUUCUAUUAUGAGAGCAAUCUCAGUAAGGCAUCAGACCUCUUGCAAACAAUGCAGCAAAAUGGUUACGAGCCAGACUUUGAGACUCACUGGUCUCUCAUAAGCAAUUUAAGUAAUUCCGAUGACAAGAAUAGCAGUAAUGGUAGCCGGUCUUUUCUGUCGAAGCUUCUUUCUGAAAGCGGAUUUGGUCGGAAAAAGGAUUGCAAGGCCAAACUUCAUACUAAUUUGAGUCCACUUCAUGCUUUAGAGCUUUGCCAGUUUCAUUGGGUGAGCUAUAAUUGGUCAUCAGAACUUCAUAGCUUUUCUCUUUUUAUCACUAAGAAGGAGAAGGCAGGUGCUCUUGAGCUUGAUGAUCAAGCCUCUAGGGGUUCUUCUUCCUCCACUCCAAGAAAUGGAAUGAACAGAGGUGUCUCCACACUAGACUUCAUUUUGAGACUCAUUGCAAUUAUGGCCACCUUAGUGAGUGCAAUCGCCAUGGGAACAACUAGCAAAACACUUCCUUUCAUUACAUGGUUCAUUCACGUAAGUGUGUUUCACUUGUUUUUGUUUUUUGUGAUCGCAAAUUCCAUGGUAUGUGCAUACUUGGUUGUCUGCUUAGCGAUAUCCAUCCUGCACAUCACGAGGAGUGCUGCACAAGGCACUAGGGUGAUCUUGAUAUUCUUUGACACGGCAAUGCUGACACUUUUGACUGCCGGAGCCUCUGCAGCAACUGCCGUUGUAUACUUAGCACACAAGGGGCAUACUCGCGCCAACUGGUUUGCGAUCUGCCAACAAUUCAACUCCUGCAAGCACAUCUCUGGCUCUUUGAUCGGUUCUUUUGGAGCAAUUCUUUUGUUUAUCCUGUUAAUCUUGUUGUCUUCCUUAGCACUUUCUGGCAUUGAUCUAGCUUUGCAGGACCAAAGCCCCAUUUUGCUGAAGCAUCUAUGA